GGGGAAGAUACAAUGAGGGGAUAACCGUUAGAGACGGCGUCUGAUAAGGCUUUGGGCGUCAGAGGUGAGGACUGGAAUGUGACACAGAGGGUAAUUUUUUGGUGGUUUUUGUGGAUGUCCUUGUGGCUGCGGGCCAUGUGUACGUUGCCGUGAUGGCUGCUUAAGUAAUCGCCACUUGUACUCAAAGGGGCUUUUCAUCUCUCGACGACAGCGCCCUAUACACUUGUCAUUCAUCGGCGUUCUGGACAUUAGGAUACAAUUCUAAACGCUGAUGGAGGCUCAUCAUCACAGCCAUCAUCGACAUCUCCCGCCCCCGACAUCCCGACCUCCUCCUCCCCCUCCUCCCCCCCCUCUUCAGCCUUCCUACUCUCCCACUUCACCUGUACAACAUUCCCCGACUUACCACCACCAUCUCAGUCACUUAGUUCACGCUCCUCAUCACCAGCAGCGCUGGGAUCAUCACCCUCAAUCUUCAUCGCACCACCAUCUGCCCAUUCAACCUCCGCCAUCUGCUCGCCUGCCGAUCAACGACUCCCCUCCUCUCCUUUCCCGGCAGCCCCCGCCACGUCUAGACACCAAACAGAGGGCAUCGCACCAACACCAACCUCCCCCGCCGCCGCCGUCUCAAUCACAGACGCAGCAGCACCCGAAAUUCCCUCAGCCCCAGCAGUACGUGAAGCAUGAGCCCCAGCAGCAGCACUCUUUACGAGCACUCCCCGCGCAUCAUACUUCUUCGUCUACGGCAGCCCCUCCAGUGCUUAGAGAAAAACGACCCCUCCCUGAUCGAGAUAACGACGACGGAAUGCCUCCCACCAGCGAUUUCGUAAAGAAGCUAUAUAGAAUGCUGGAAGAUAACCAGGAUGAGGAUGUCGUCUCCUGGGGUCCCACUGGCGACUGCUUCAUUGUCAAAGACAUGAAUGAAUUCACGCGCAUUAUCCUCCCUCGCAUGUUCAAGCACUCCAACUUCGCCUCCUUCGUCAGACAGCUCAACAAGUAUGAUUUUCACAAGAUCAAGAACAUCGUCGAGGACCCUAACCCGGACAUGCAGAGCUGGACGUUUCAACAUCCAGAUUUUCAGGCGAAUAAUCCUGCUGCCCUAGAGAACAUCAAGCGCAAAGUCCCUAAUGGCCGUAAGCCAACUGGCUCGUCUGCCGGCAAAGGUGCUUCGGUCGGUACAUCGGCCCCCAUGUCCGCGGUCUCACCGUCUUCAGCACCUUCGCCGGGAGGGGCGAACCUUCCUUCCAUAUCUUCCGUCAAUGCUUCAGUCGUCCCAGCCUCGCCGGAGCUGGCGCCGCUCUCGAAUCCGCACCUCGUCGCUCAACAGAUCCAAGAUGUGCAUGAUGCCUUCAACAGACGUUUCAGCUCACUCGAGGCAAGGUUCGAUGAGUUGUCGAGGAGGUAUGAGGACUUGGCUCGGGUGCAUGAUGAUUUGAUGACCAAGCAUCGAGUCACUCUUAACGAGCUUGGCGAUCUUCGACGGAAUGCUAAUCAUCAGGACGGAGUACUGCAACAAUUACUGGGUUAUUUCGUCCAAGGGCAACACAUGAGGAACACGAAUCCCAUGAAUGGUGGGGCUCCAGCUCCAGCUCCCACAGCUCCCGUUGGGGGUGCCCCUAUUGCCGACGAAGGGCAGCAGUAUGUCUAUCAGCCCCAUUUCGUUCAUGGUGAGGAAGCGAAAGGGAUCAUGCUUGCGAACUACACGGAGCAGGAAAUUGCUCAGGUUGCAUUCGAUUCGAUGAAUGAGAUGUCUCGGAGGGCGCAAGAAGCUGGGAUGACUUUCGGAAGGACGAGCCCUAGACAGAUCACAGCGGGUCCAAUGGUUGGGGAUGGGUCGGUUCCUCAGGCCGUACCACCACAACAGCCUCCAAUGCUCGUAGGGCUCUCCGAGGAGGCAGCUAUGCAGAGAUUGACCGAGCUUCAAAAAGCUCGAGCUGCGACCCAGCCUGUCCCGAAGAUGGUUAGCGUCAAUCCGAUGGGCAUGUAUGCACCCCCACCCCAUCCCCCACCAGGUGUGGCUCCUCUAGUUAACGGCACCGCUGAGCAAGCGCAGGCUGGAUCUCACGUACCUAGUGGAGGCGUUUUUGCUCCUCAAACUCAAGUUGGGGGACCGCUUGGUUAUGGCCCGCCGCCCGGUAUUGAUCCAGGAACCGCAAUGACGAGCGGUGAUAUCAAUAUGGAACUUCAGAGAUAUCCGUCUCCUUCCGAUCAUGCAGGUUUUAAGGAUAGUAAUCGGAUUAUCGAAGUCCCAAGCGACACGCCUGUUCCCCUUCGCACCUCUGCCGUUCCACCCACCGUGAAUGGCUUGGCGGCAUCAGGUUCAGGUCCAAGGCCAGAGUGGAACUAUGGACCUGGUGCGGCAAAUGUUGAUGUGCCGAUGCGUUCUGGGUCGCCUAUUAUCCCUCCUGCUUCACCUCCCUCGCUCAGCUCGACGGAUCCCCGUCCGAUCGUUAAUUUGGAUCACACCUACCCCACACAACCACCCCCGCCACCUCGUUCCACGCGUCCAGCGUCGUCUACUUCACCCGUCACGAAAUCUCCGACGUCAUCUAGUGGUAAAGACAAGAAGAAUACGUUGAGAGUACGGAGGAGUACGUAUGUGCCUGGAUGGGCUGUUCCUCCUAGGGUGUUACUGGUAGAGGACGACUUGGUGAGCAGGAGGCUGAGUAGCAAGUUCUUGCAGGUGAGCGGAUGCACAAUUGACGUUGCUGUGGAUGGGAUUGGUGCCGUGAACAAGAUGAAUUUGGAGAAGUAUGAUCUCGUGUUGAUGGACAUCGUUAUGCCCAAGUUGGAUGGUAUUUCGGCGACAAGCUUGAUCAGACAGUUCGAUCAUAUGACGCCGAUUAUCUCGAUGACGAGUAACUCGAAGCCGUCUGAGAUCAUGACAUAUUAUUCGAGCGGUAUGAACGAUAUUCUUCCCAAGCCCUUCACUCGUGACGGAUUGACACAUAUCCUUGAUAAACACUUGACGCAUCUCAAGCUAAUCAAGAAUCUUACGACGAGCAUUCCUCGCUCGCUUAGCGAUAAUGAGACUGUCAUCUCUGCAACGCUCACUGUACCUCCUGGCUUCACCUCAUCUCCCCCAUCUCCGUCCGCCAUCAUGGCUGCCUCUACUCCUCAAGAGACCGUACAGCCCUCUCUCCCGAUCGCCACGCUUACCACCACAAACAGUCUUUCACACAUUGCUCCACACAGCGCCGUGAUGGGUACGGGACAAAUUAAUCCACUCGAAGGACUCGGUAUUGAUCCUCAGCAAUACCCGGGCAUGCUGCAGAAGUUAAUUGGGAUGACGAGUGAUGUGCUCGAUGCAAUUCCCGGUGAGAUGGAUUAUGGUUCGUUAGGUAUGGGGGGGAUGAGCGCACCGUUGGAUGGGAUGGCAAUGGCGGCUGAUAUGGGCACCGUUCCUUCGCCCUCCGUUCUGAAGAGGGAACGAGAAGAUGAUGAUAUGAGGAGCGUGAAAAGGAGUCGGUUUGAGGUUAUUGAGUGAAGUCUGGACUCUCCCCGCGAACGAAACUCGGAAAACGGAAAAAGAAAGGUUCAAGAGUGUCGUUAUCUCUGCGGUGACCGCCAUGGUCUCGUGCUUGGAUUCCUUUGAUGCUAUAUACCCAGCUUCGCAUUUCCCUGCCGAUUCGAUUCGAU